GCUAUCAGAGCUCUUCAUUGAGAAAAAUCCGCUCGCGAGUUUUUUAUUCGAGGAGCUGCAGGGGAUGUAGGGGAGGAAAUCUGCGUCGAUUCCACACAGCCAAGAAACUUCGCUGAUCAAAGUGAAGACUCCUGCAACAUGGACGGCUUUUAUGACCAACAGGUCCCUUUUGUGGUCCCUGAGAGUAACUAUCACAGAGAAGAAGCAGAGAAAUGUCUCAGCGACAGGAAGAGGAAGUUCAUGGACACAGAGUUGGCUCAGGACACAGAGGAGCUAUUUCAAGACCUGAGCCAGCUCCAAGAGAUCUGGAUUGCAGAAGCUCAGGUUCCAGAUGACGAGCAGUUUGUCCCAGAUUUCCAGUCCAAUAACUUGAUGUUUCAUGGACCGCCUGUCAGCAAAGUGAAACGAGAGCCCAGUCCGUCCAAAGAUCUGUCUCCCUGCAGAACGCCUCAAGCUGACAUGUGCCUUUACAGUUACAGUGCCUGUGACAACAAACCAGCUCUGACUCCAGCCUCCACACCUGCGGUGCAGUGCAGCUCCUCCCACCCAACUGGACCUCCACCCUUACAGAGGCAGCUACAGCCAUCCGCCCCCCAGCUGACUAACAACUGCCCCCCCAGCCACGUGCCCGCCCUGAGCUCCUCCCACCACCACAGCCUCCCACCUACCAACCAAACCCAGCAGUUUGCUCUGCCACGUCCCCCUAUCAGCUGUCCCAGUGCAUCUUUCAGCAGGGAACAAAGGUUCCAGCGGCAGCUUUCAGAGCCCUGCUUGUCCUUCCUCCCUCCGGAGAAAACCACAAAUGCACCAUACCCUCCGUCGAGCCGCCCGCUGUACCAGCGCCACCUCUCCGAGCCCCUGGUCCCCCAGGGCCCCCGAGGUUUCAAACAGGAGCUGGUGGACCCACGAUACCCAGAGCCAGGGCCACCCGGCCCAGGUCUAGCCCAGCCUCAGACCACAUUCAACCAUGUCACAGUCAAACAAGAGCCAAGAGACUUUGGCUUCGACUCAGAGGUUCAAACCUGCCAGUCGUCAUCAUUUGGGAAGUCUUCAGUCUUGUACCAGAAUAACAAUAUGGGAUUUGGUCAUGACAGGGAGCCACAUUUGUACUAUGAUGACACCUGUGUUGUGCCGGAAAGACUGGAAGGUAAAGUGAAGCAGGAGGGUUUGCCGUACCAGCGCCGUGGCUCCCUGCAGCUCUGGCAGUUUUUGCUCACGCUGCUCGACAACCCGGCUAACGGACACCUGAUUGUGUGGACGGGACGCAACAUGGAGUUUAAACUGAUCGACCCAGAAGAGGUGGCUCGACUCUGGGGGAUUCAGAAGAAUCGACCGGCCAUGAACUACGACAAGUUGAGCCGCUCACUGAGGUACUACUAUGAGAAGGGCAUCAUGCAGAAGGUGGCAGGGGAGAGGUACGUUUACAAGUUUGUAUGCAACUCCGAGGCGCUUUUCUCCAUGGCUUUCCCAGACAACCAGAGGCCGAGCCUGAAGGCCGACCCAGACGCCAUCCCGCCUCCCAGCGAGGAGGACGGCCUCCCACUGCCUAUCUACGAGGAGGAGGGUCCCUACCUGGCUGACGGAGGGGAGCAGGGCACCCAGGGACUGGCUUUCCCUGACAGUUACCCAUACUAGACUCGACAGCCUGGAAGCUGGAGGGAACACAAGAUAUUUUAAAAAGGAGGACCAUGGAUUUACUGAGCAGUGUUUCAAAAUGUACACCCACGUUAUGUAUGUCACAGAAAAUAUGAACUUAUCAGAUCAUUUUUUAUUCAGAGUACAUGUCUCUUUUGCCAGAAGUUUUGUUUGCAAAACUAGAGAUCCAGGAAUCUCGGGGACUGUUAAUUUGAACUCACUCUCAAAAAAUGAAAAUCUAUGUACAAAUCUACUGUAGUUCUGAUUUGGUUUCACUUGUUAUAAUGGAUUUAGGGCCACUGUUAGCAAAGAAAACAGAGGGUUUCAAGAAUGAAGUUGUAAUAUUACAAGUUAAAUAUAAUAAUAUAAAAAUAAUAUAGUUAAAGUAUUUCAAGAUUAAGUCAUAUUUUUAUGAUAAAAUAGUUAUGAGAAGAAAAGUCACAAUAUUUCAAGAUAAAUGUGUAAUUUUACUUAAAAACGUCAUAAUAAUACAUAGUCGAUACUUUGAGAAAAAAUAAUGAGAAAAAGAAAUGUUCAUAUCAUUUUCAGAAAGAUGUAUAAAAAGUAAAUAUUUUGAAAUGCAGUUGUAAUCUUACAAGUAAACGGUUAUGAUAUCAAAAUAUUUCAAGAAAAAGUUGAAUUUUAGAGGAAUAAAGUUUAAAUUUGGUGCACAAGCUAACGUUUUGUUGAAAAAAAUAAUUUUUAUCAAAAUUUCUGUUGUAAAAACACCAACUUUGUUCUUGAAAUAUUAUGACUUUUCUCUCAAAAUAUUACAAUUUUAUUCUCAAAAUCUACUUUUUCUUUUUGACCCUUAAAUUAGAGGUAAUUUUGUAGAAUGGUCGUAGCUAUAGUCUUUGCAUAUGUGAACUCUGGGACCUGUAUUUCAACCAAAAAUCUAGAAGCCAUGGCACUCCCUUACAGACUGACCCACCAUAGUUUUUUUUGGGGGGUGAACCUUAUACUGCUUGAAAGGGACACACGUUUUAGUCCUCCUAUAAACAUGUUUAUUGAAAUGUCUUUUGUGUACGUUCUCUCAGUUUCAAAGCUAAUAUUUUUGGCAUUAUAUGGACUUGUAAGUUUUUCCUAUAACUGUUUUAUGACAAAGGUACUGCUACUAUUUUUGAUUCUGCAAUACUGCCACUCUGAUGCUAAUAUUAAGCAUGGACUUUCUUACAAAUGGCUCACCAGUUAUUGUACCGAGAUAGUUUUCUGCAUUUUGUAUAGUUGAUUUGCUUCAAUGUGUAGAAAAGGUGUAUAAUUAUAUAUGAAUAUAUUUUUGCUAAAGGCUCCGUUUGCUUGAUGUUGUACCAUGAGCUGCAGAGUUUAGCCUGCUAAUGUGUUGCAUCAAUUCCAGCCUCUCCAAGCUGGAACGACUUGUACCCUGUGAGCCCUGCAGAUACAAACUGGAUGUAAUGGUGUAUUUUGCUGUAUGGUCACAUGGUGGUAUGAACAGGGGAGGUGGUGUAGGAUGAAAGCAAAAGACAGAUACUGACACUGGUGUGACGUCUACCCUCAGAUACUGUAUGUGUGCCUUAUGUUGAUCUUUACUGAUACAAUAAACUAUUUUACUCUUUU